CGACGGAAAGGGAGGAGAGGACGGAGGCAGGGGGAACGGAGGGGAGGAGCGGAGGAGGCAGGGAUGGGGGCGGGAGGAAGGACGGAGAUGUUCGACGACACCAGGCCAGAAGCGGCAGUAGACAAAGGGGGCGCCUCGGGGCGCGCCAGAGACGCGGCCGCGAGGGCCCCGCGCCCAUCGCCCGCGGGGGUGUCGCGAAGGGCCCGGCCCCGUCACCCUCCCGCCAGACCUCGGCGGCACAGCACUGCAUGGGCAACCUGCACGCGAACUCUGCACCUGCAGGUCGGAGUCAAGAAAUUCGGCCGGCGCGGCGAGGGGCAAGAGAGGCCAGACCUUCUCAGAAGCCGGCGCGGCAUCUCAGAACCCGAACAGGCGAAAACGAGGGAAGGGCGGCAGCAUCGGUACCGCUUUCUCCUCGGACGAACAGCGCCUACAGCAGGUCGAGCACGUGGCCGGACACGAAGCGCAGCACGAGCCGCAUGCCCUCGUCUGGGAGGGCGGAGAGCGCGCCAGCGGGCCGGCCGCGCGCCACGGCGCGGAGCAGCGUCAGCUCCACGAGGCGCGGGGGCGACGGUCAGAGACGGCAGCGCCCACAGGCUGCAGCGCGGCUGCUGGGCGCCGCCGCCGCCGUGCCCGCCCAGCACGCAGACCCGGUCGCCCGCGCCACGCGCGUCCCCGCCAGGCGCGACCCAGGCCGCAAAGGCCCCAUCUUUGAACCGCCGAUCCACGGGGCCCGGCUCUCCACCGGCAGCGUGGUCCAGCGCAUAGACGACAGGUCGAAAGAGUGCAGGCCCAGGUGCCCCCACCUCGCCGCCCCGGGCCCCCUGGCGACCACAAGCAGCCGCCCGCCCCGCGCCGUGGCGAAGGCGCGGCAGCAGUGCACGCGGAAGUGGUGCUCCUCCACCUCUCUUCGCGGCCCGCCCACACGGGGAAGGCAGAGGGGGCGGGGCGUCUCAGAAGGCUCAGAAGGCCACCCCGACCCUCUUCUGAGAAGCUUCC